UGACGCAUUCUAAUGUGGGGGGCAAGAGGGAAGUGUAUCCAGUCCACUUGAUGGCAGAUGCACUGUGAGUGAUUUCUCACCAGCUCCCGGAGCACCGAGCUUGCUCUUUCUGCCGUUGGGUAAAUGUAAACUUGGAGUCCGCUGCUCUGAGCGAUUUCCCAGGUUGCUGCUAGGCGGUCAGUUUUAGCUGAUUGAGGAGACAGCAGUAGUUAGUACUGGGGAGGUACUUGGGAAGGAGAAUGAGGCAGGCGGAGAAGAAGAGGGGGAUGCGGGUAUGAAAGGUAGGACAGGGCAAGAGAGAGGAGGGGUGUAGAGAAUGGGAAAAGAAGGGAGAAGAAGGGCACGAAUGGGAGAGCCCGCGGAAAUUGGUGGAAACAUGCAGUUGUACCCACACUGACCUAAAAUAGCUCCAACCCCUUGCCUGGGCCCUGUGGCCUGGGCCAGGCUGCGUCAGUGGCUUCUAAGACCUCCCCGCUCCUCACCCCUCGCACCUGGGGCCUGCUUCACAGACAGUUUGUCCUGAAAAUUGAAGGCAUGCAGAUGCAGGUGGCAUGGGGGGCGGUGGGGGUGGCAGGUUUUAACUUUGGGAAUUACACUUCUCUAAUUGUCUCUACUAGCCCUCUCUGGACUAGAGAGAUUUUGGAGAGAAUUGCCACAGAAUUUAACCAGUUACAGUUUCAUGCUCUUCAGAGCAAAGGCCUGCCUCUUCAGGACAAAGUAAGACCACGUAUAGCCCACAUUACGGCCAUGCUACAGCAGUCCCUGGGAGGCCUGCUGCUAGAAGGGCUUCAGACUUCCAAUGUGGACAUCAUAUGGCACUGCCUCCGGACUUACGCUACAAUUGACAAGACACGGGAUGCAGAGGCGUUAGUCGGUCAAGUACUGGUGAAACCAUACAUGGAUGAGGUAAUUGUAGAGCAGAUCGUUGAGUCUCAUCCGGACGGCCUGAAGAUCAUGUAUGCUAAUAAGCUCCUGGAGUUCGUUCCUCACCACUGCCGCCUUCUUUGAGAGGUCACAGGAGGAGCCAUCUCAAGUUUCAGAUCCAGUUUUGACUAUUGUUAUGGGCUUAGUUGGAUGCCCCCAGAUUCCUACGUUGACGUCCUAACACCCAGCAUCUCAGAAUGUGGCAGUAUUCAGAGAUGGGAUUUUUAAAGACGUUAUAAAGGGAAAACGAGCUCACUGGGGGUGGGCACCAAGCCAACAGGACUGGUGUGCUUACAAGAAGAGGAGAUUAGGACACAGACAAUACAGACUGAAGGACAAUCGUUUGAAGACAGAGUGGAGAAUACAGCUAUCUGCAAGCCAAGGAGAGAAGUUUGAAGAAUCGAACCCUACUGCCACCUUGAUCUUGGACUUCCAGCGCCCAGAACCAUGAGAAAAUAAAUUGUAUGUUGCCUAAGCCA